AUGCGCUUCAACAUUGCCGCCCUCUCGGCCCUUCUGGCACUGACUGCCUCCGCCCGCCCCAUUGCCGUCGCCGACGACAACUACAUCGAGGAGACCGUCUGGCAGACCGUCUACGAAACCGUCUACCAGACCGGCAGCCCCGUCAGCGUGGCUACCGCCGUCGCUGUCGAAGAGGUCGCCAGUGCCUCCUCCACUUCCGUCGUCGCCUACUCGACUUUGACUCCCGUUAUCUCCACCGUGACCAGCGUCCCUAUCUCCGUGCCCACUAGCACCAGCAUUCCCGCCAGCUCCACCGCCUCGGCCAGCACCCCCACCGCCACCGGCAGCGGCGUCACCAUCGUCAACAACCUCGAGGACACCGUCUACCUCUGGGUCGUCACCGAGGACCCCGGUGAGAUGCAGACCGUCGCCCCCGGCGAGUCCUUCAGCGACACCUGGCUCACCAACUCCAACGGCGGCGGUAUCUCCAUCAAGAUGUCCACCACCGAGGUCUGCGACGACGUCCUGCAGUUCGAGUACACCCAGUCCGGUGACAUCCUCUUCUGGGAUUUGUCAUCCAUCAACCUGGUCAAGACCUCGACUUUCGUCACCGCUGGAUUCGGAGUCACCAUCAGUGAUGAGUCCUGCCCCACCGCUACCUGCGCUGCGGGUGAUGCCGACUGCAUUGAAUCCUACCAGCAACCUGAUGAUGUCAAUACCCUGGCUUGCAGUCUCGAUGCCGCUUACACUCUCACUCUGGGUUAG